AGUUUAUUUUUUGAUUCCUGAUUAUUUUUAGUUUUAUGACGGCAUUUUCAUUCCAUUCCACAAUGCGGGAGUGAGUAGACAUCGCAAACUCUAUAACUGAGAACUGAUUCAUAUUAACGCAGUCACACAAAACAUCGAAUUGUAAUCAAAACUUAUCGAAAACUUGUUCUAGUGUCCAAUUCGACUAAUUGAAGAAAAUAUAAUUACAUCGGUGCUUUGAAGUUACGUGAUAAAAUGAUAAUGGUUGUGCAGGUCUAAGACUUAGGAUCAUCAAAAUAAUGUUAAGCUUGCUUGUGUAACAAAAAGAUUCAUUUUUUUACUGGAGAUCCAAAAUAGAUACAAACAAGAAUGGAAUUUCUUUCGGGAUUUAAAGAAGAAAUGAACGGCGAUAACUACAAAAUAAGAUAUGGAACCAAAAUUCAAAGAACGGGAAAAAUAUUUUCAUACACAUUUUGGAGAACUGAAUGCGAGGGAGAGGUCUUUUGGAGCGUUCAAGGAAACAAUAAUGACGGAUCAACGUUCAUACUAACUCAAUAUUUCGGACCCGAAGAAGAAGCCAAAAGGUAUCAACAGGAGAUCACAUUGCACCAUCCAGAAGAAAAAAAGAUAAAAAUGAUCUAUUAUGCGUCUUGCGUGAAUGGUAUGAAUUGUGUUAAUGUGUCUAGAACCAUAGUACAUCAUUUUAAAGACAGGCAAAACGUGCUUCACUUUGAGUUUCGAAUAGUGAAAUUAAAGAGGAGGCCGUAUCCACAAAGAAUGUUGUAACUACUGUAAAUAAUUUUUUUAUUUUACAAUAUUGUUCAAUUUAUAGGAAGGUAAUAUAAUUUUUUCAUCGGUGUA